AUUGAGAUUUUUAUUAAUAAAAGUGAAAUUCUAGGAUGCUUAAAGUUGGGUUUUGGAUUGUUGUGUUUUGUGAGUAUGGUAGGAUUAUUGUUAUUGUUUUUGGGUUUUGUGUGUGGGCAAAAGUGACGGUGUGAGUGGCAAAAGUUGACUGCUUUUGAGUGCGGUUUUGAUGCUUUAUCAAGAACACGUAGUUCAUUUUCGAUGCGGUUUUUUUUGUUAGCGUUGCUUUUUUUAGUGUUUGACGUAGAAAUUGUUCUUCUUUUUCCUUAUAUUUUUAGGGUAAGUAUUUCAUGAAUUAAAAUAAGUUUAUAUAGAAAAUUAUAUUACUUUUCUUUUUUACUUGUUUUGGUUUUAGGGCUUAUCCAUGAAAUAAAUGAGGGGACGUUGGAUUGAAAGUUUGAUUAG